UCGAGUGAGUCGUACGUAUUUCAUUCUCUUGCAAUUAUGCCAGUAUCUACUAAAGUUGAUUUGUUAUAAGAGUUUGUGUAUGUUACAAGUUAAGUUUUAAAGUUUUUCUGCCGUUGUAGUCAUCAAUUUAUGAUUCAUCACUAUUGAGUUAAUAAAUCAAAUCAAGCAAUAUGGCUACCUAUCAUCAUCAUGGCCGAGGCGGAAAACGACUAGUCGAUAGGACACCACAAGUACCAAUGGUUGACGUGGAAAGCAUGAGUCCUAGUGAACGAAAGAUAUACGAACAAGUGAUGGAAGGGUAUGAGAAACAUAGGAAAGAAAUGGAUGAAUUGAUGGCAAAUGCGAAUAAGCUCCUGUAUAACUCAUCUAGCCAAAUCACUCCUGAAAUGCAGAUUAAAACAACUGAGGAUACAGAUAUGGAAACUCAUGAUGACGGCCAAAACUUGGAACAGAAAAACGAAAGGACAACCACGGAUACAGAAAGCACAGCAAAAACAAAUACAGAACCCCCUCCAAAAAAGCGAAAAAAGAAGAAGAAAAAGCAAAACAAAGCCAAAAAUACUGAGGAUACGCAAAUCACGAAUGCAGAAAGCUCCACUUCUUCACCAAUAGCUGCCGCCACCUCCUUGCCACAACCUGAUGCAAUAGUCAACUCCUACAAAGCUCCGCCCAUAGAAGUUGCCACAGUUCCGCCCACAACUUCAGAAACUGUUCAACCAGUCAAGCACAUAAAAGUUCUGGUACGUGGAUGCGAUGUCCCGGUGAAAAUAGAAAGGUUCCGUGGAGGAAACAGUCCAACCCAAUGUUUCAAUUGCCAAAAUUUUGGUCACACUCAAAGAAAUUGNUCAGUCAAUGCUUCUCGUGUGUUAACUUCAAAUCUACAAAAAGUGGGCGUUUCACGCCGUGUGUUUUACAGUGUAUAA